UGACAAUGGCGGCGAGAAAUGGCAGUCGAUGCAAUUUCUGGCUUCCGAAGAAGAAAAGAUCAUGCGCCAAUUCUCGAAUUGACAGCUCCUUGUUUUGUGGAAACCAUAGCCAGAGAUUAGAUGGUCAAUGGAUUCCAUGUCCUAUUGAUCCUUCUCACUCUGUGUUGCAGGAGAAUCUCGAAAGUCAUGUAAAGAGAUGUCCUUUGUUGAAACAGAACGUUGCAUUGUCUGGUCAAGUGUUUUAUCAAAAGGGUAUUAAUGCCGGAAACGAAGAAGAAGAAGAAGAAAAGAUAGGUUCUUGUUACUCUGUUUUUACUUCAGAGAUGAAGAGGAAUCUGGUCUAUAGUAUGAGUGUUUCGAAGUUUCAUCAGCUUGUUAAGAAGAUUGAGGAGGUUCAUGGCGGUAUAUGUAAUGAUAUUGAAGAUUCGCAUUUGUCACCUGAAGCUUGUAACAUAUGGUUUAAUAAGGAGAUAGAUAGGAAGUUACCGUUUCAAGAGAAACAUGUUUUGCAGCAAGGUUCUAUUCUUGGUAACUUGGAAAAGAUUGGUGCAUUGAAGAAGUGUAACACAAAUCUUGAAUGUUCUGAAAGUGAUUUGGAUGGGAAAGAUGAUAGUGUGCCUGCUGUUGUUGAAUUUGGAGCUGGGAGAGGAUACUUAACGCAGAUGCUAGCUGAUUGCUAUGGAGUCAAGAAAGUGUAUUUAGUUGAGAGGAAAUCUUAUAAGCUUAAGGCUGAUCGGUCAUUGAGGCAAAAGGAGAACUUGGUAUUAGAGCGAAUGAGAAUCGAUAUUGAAGAUUUGAACCUUAACGCGGUCGAAUCAUUACAAGGGGUUCCUUAUGUGGCUGUUGGGAAACAUUUAUGCGGCCCUGCAACAGAUUUGAGCUUAAGAUGUUGUCUAUCUAGACAAGAUGGUGAAAGCCCUGUUUUAAGAGGUCUCGCUAUCGCGACUUGUUGCCAUCAUCUUUGCCAAUGGAAAAGCUAUAUAAAUAAAGAAUAUAUCAUUAGCCUGGGGAUUUCCAAAGACGAGUUCCAUACCAUGACUUGGUUUACUAGCUGGGCUGUAGAUGAUGAUCAUGGUUCCAAAGUUCCGGGUGUUGACGACAUUGAUGCUUCAAAUGCAAAGGAGGAACGAGACGAGGUUGAAGAUGAUUCUUUGAGCAGCGUGGAGGAAGUUGUGAAGAAAAUGAAGCCCAUGGAAAGAGCUGUUUUAGGGUUUAAAUGCAAGCAGAUAAUCGAUGCAGGGAGGAUGAAGUGGGUUAAGAAACAUGGGUUAAAUUCAAAGCUUGUGAAAUAUAUUCCGGCUAGCAUCUCGCCGGAGAAUACUUUACUGGUUGCCGGAAAACUCAAUCCUUCUCUUGGUUGACGUUGUAUUGUUUUUGUUGUUGUUGAAAACGUUGUAUUGUUGAUUGUGACACAAUGUUUAAUAUUUGGUAGGUGAAGACUAGUAGAUUAGAUACUGUAGUUGAACUGAAGUUAUCAAUUUUGAUUCAUAAACUUAUUUUAUAGAAUGC